AAGCAGAUGCUUCAUUUUAAUUUUAACCGGCGAAAUUGAUCAGAGGAUUGCUGUAUUCAAUUCUUCGCAAUGGUUUCCCUCCAAGAUAUGUCCACAAUUCACUCUCCGGGAUCUCCACCGAGAAUGUGUGAACGAACAGGACGCCUGUGUGCUUUGCCACAGCGCGAGAUAUAUAGUACUACUCAAAGGCUGGAUUAUUAUCCCGAAAUUAAUAUAAAUUGCGAUGCUUUUAAUAGUGCAUCCAUAGCGGGAUCAUCUCUGGCUUCAGCCAAAUGUGCCGACUCUUGGCGCAAUGUUCUUGUGCCUGUAAAUGAGGGUGUCUUAAAGCGUAUCAUACGCACUUUCUUUGAAAGUGGAUUUGCAGAGGCUCUCAACGAGGCCAGAGAUACACAAGUGGCUGGUGGAAAUGCAAUGAUUUCAUCUGUAGCGGAGUACACUUUUCAAACAAUUGAGUUUUUGAAACGUGUAAAAUCUAAAAUUUUUCCUCAUAUGAAGGAGCAGGGUAUAUCAUCUAUAGCACGUCACUCGGAAACAAGGGACUGGAUACGUUCAUAUAUAAGAUGUAUAGUAUGGCAUCCAAAUUGUUUUAAGAUUGCUGUGGCUGGCAUGGAUGAUAUCGUGCGAAUUUACACAGAUGAACCAGCUAUAGUGCCGGUUUUGAAGAGUGCUUCUCAAAAAUGGAUUACUUGCAUGGCUUGGCGUCCUUAUACCGCCGCAGAAUUAGCUGUAGGUUGCCAAAAGGGCAUUUGCCUUUGGACCAUGGAUAAUAAUAUGCAUAUAACCCGUUCAACAUCACAAGCUAUUUUUCUUAAACAUCCCAAUCAUUGCCCUAUUACUUCGGUGCAGUGGAACUCUGAUGGUACCCUCUUGGCUUCAGCUUCUAUUGGCGAUACAGAUGUUAUUAUAUGGGAUGCAGAUAAAAUGCAAAAUACUGCCCUUAAACGAGUUGGUCCUCCAUGCUCUUUGUUAAAAUGGUCUCCCAAUAGUUCGUGUCUGUUUUCCUCGACCGUCACAAAUGUCUUUCGUGUGUGGGCAUGUGAAAACAAAUGGCAACCGGAACGUUGGACUAUAACGCAUGGAAGCAUACAAUCAGCAUGUUGGUCACCUUGUGGAGGAUUUCUUUUGUUUGUUACAUCUGAAGAGCCCAUAUUAUAUCGUUUGCAAUUCUUUGAGGAGCAAUUGUUCAAAAAUGGCUCAUCUCCCAAACAAGCUUUGCCCAUAGCCGAUCUAAGUAAAAUCACUGUAGACAAUCGUGAAGUUGGAGGUCAUCCCCAAUGUGUUGCCUGGGAUCCCAAUGGCCACUUUUUGGCCAUAACCUUUAAGGAUACACCUUGUAUAGCUAUCUUCACGACGUGCAUACAAAAGUUCAAUCUAUCCAUAUCACCCUCGUGUUUCUUGGCUGGCAAUGGCAAUGAGUAUCCCUCGUAUAUAUGCUUUCAAAGCAAACAUCGCAAAAACUCGGACACCGUAUUAACCAUAGGCUGGUCCAGUGGGCGUAUACAAUAUUUUCCCUUUGGAAAUAUGUAGUAAAACAAAAUCUGUUAAUAAUUUAUUUUUUUUAGGUACAUAAAUAUAAGUUGUUUUGUAUUAUUGAAAA